CGCGCGCUCGCCAAUCAGUUAACGCUAGUUAACACGGGCGCCGCCGCGAUCGUCCACACUAAAUUGCGAUCGAAUGCAGAACUUAACUCGAAUCAACAACACUAGUGCGUUGCGACGUGAGCAGAGCAGAGUGGACUGACCCGAAGGCACUCGCCCCGGUCCGGAACGGGCAGUUGUAGUGCAAUCCGAUCAGUCGCCACGUACGAACGCAUCCCGUUGUUUGCUGUUGUUGCUCCGGUCCGGUCCGGUCAGUAGAGCGAUCGUGUUUCGAGUGAUCAUCGCGGAAUUCGAUUUAUUUAUGUUUGGCUGUGACGCGCAACGAUGCACUGUUAUUAAAAGCAAACAAGAUAUUCACAUUCACCAGCUUGGCAUAUUCCUUAGCAGCAAUUCACCCAGUAGCGACAUCCAAACCCAGUGAAACAUCAUGUUGGUGAUUCCAAAUAUAUUCAAGGGAACCAUCCCGAAGCGACUGAUAGUGGCCGGAAUGAUCUUUAUUGCGUGUCUAACAUCGUUCAUGUUGCGUGUCAACAUGUCAAUAAAUUUACUGGCAAUGGUACAACACACAACGACCGUCAAUCAGACGACCAACCUAAUCACUUCAACGACCGCCAUAGAUCAAGCGGCAAAAGUUGAAAAUGCCACCGCAACCGACGUGCUGUUGCCCGACUUGAAUGACACGAUCGCUUUCACAGGGAAUGAGACGACCUUCACCAGUGAAUCAACAGAAGUGAAGAAGGGUCCGGAUCUUCAGAACUUUGGCCCACGCUACCGGUGGGAUCAGAAAACUCAGGGCAACAUUCUUGGGGCGUAUUUCUACGGUUAUUUGCUGACAUCGCUACCAGCGGGACUGUUAGCAGAGCGCUUCGGACCUAAACUGCUCAUAACUGUAUCGUUCGUCGGGUGCGCUAUCACAACUGCUGUAACACCGUUUCUUGCCGAGUGGGGUGCGUGGGCUAUCAUCAUAUCAAGAGGUGUAAUCGGGCUACUGGCUGGUUUCGUGUAUCCCUGUCUGCACAAUCUAAUUUCGCGAUGGAUUCCGCCAAACGAAAGAGGAAAAGUGAUUGCCUGUCUUGCCGGAGGAAGUACCUUCGGAACAGUAGUCACGUGGCCGAUAUCCGGUGUUAUAACCGAACGCUAUGGAUGGCCGUGUUCGUUCUACUUUUCAGCUCUUUUCGUUCUAUUGAUUGGAUUUAUUUGGGUUUUCCUAAUUGUGGACUCGCCAGGGCAACACAGUUCCAUAACGGAAGCCGAGAGGCAAUUCAUCGAAGAUUCGUUCGGAGGAACACUUUCGAGGUCAAAAACUUGGCCACCUUUCGGCAAGGUACUCACUUCGCUGCCAUUCCUUUCUCUACUGAUGUUGCACUAUGGAAACUUCUGGGGAAUGAAUUUCUUCAUUACACAGGCGCCCAAGUUCAUGAACGAAGUUCUUGGUUUUAAUCUAUCCAAGGCUGGAUUCUUAUCCAGUUUGCCAUACCUGGCACGAAUGUUUUCAGGCUUUUUCUUCGGCUACAUCGGUGAUCUUAUUCGACAAAAACAAGUCAUGAGUACAACAGCCAUCAGAAAGUCAUUCUGCUUGUUCUCUCACUUUAUACCGGGUGCCAUACUGGUAGCGCUUCCAUUCUUCGGCCAAGAUCCAUUCGUAUGCGUAGGAUUCAUCAUAGCCUGUAUUGGCGUUAACGGCGCUUCCACCAUAACAAAUCUCGUAAAUGCACAAGAUCUGGCCCCGAACUUCGCCGCAACACUGUACGGAGUGAUGAGCUUCCUUGGCACUACUGCCGGUUUCAUUGCGCCUAUGCUGGUUGCUCAUUUCACCUCGGAGCAGAAUACGAUGGAGCAAUGGAAACAUAUCUUCUUUAUCAAUGCCAGCAUCUACGUAGUUUCUGCACUGACCUUCAUCGUGUUUGGAUCGGGAAAAGUUCAAAGCUGGAAUGAAGUCGAGGAGAAGCCUUCUGCAGUGGAGUUUUCGGAUAUGAAGGCAUCGAAAAACGGUGAAUGCAACAAUGUCAAGAAGCAGUGACAUUGAUUCUAAUCUGUGCCAAACUUAUUAGAUGUUACAAUCUAUAAAUCAGUAUUUUUGUUUGAAUUUCAGUCAAAAUAGUUUUAUGUUUUUCCUUUGAAUAAACUAUGAAAAUAAA